CUCCAGGCGAUCGGACCUCACUUUCAGCUGAUGCCUCUUAUGUAGGCGCCGUCACCGGUCAGCAUGCAAGGCCAGUGCUGGUUGGACAAGAUCACCACGGAUGGCUGCAGCUGAAUGACAAUGCCUGUGACUAACCAUUGCGCCAUGUUCAAGCUUACAUUUGUGCGCUCGCUCAUUGAGGCUGACAUCUCAGCUGCGGUAAGGCUACCAGUUGCCUUGUCGUCAACGCAAUGGCUAUAUCUAUCUGCCUGCCCGCCCCAUUUGCGACUCUUUUAUCUCUUACAUAUCUAACAUUGUAUACUUGAACGGUUUAUACAAUAGCCGACAAACCGAGCCCAGGGCUGUAUUGUUUCCAAUGGCCAAGCCGGCGCUCACAUACUCUCAAGCGCUUCUUAUAUUCCUUUCCCUUUGCGGGUUCUGGACUCUCUGGGUCUUUCCCUACCAGAAUGGUCUCCUGGCAAUCUUGAGCAAGCAGAGCGAGCCAGGCGCCGUAAUUCCAGGUCCUACUCCAGCUCCCAUGAAACAGACAUACACGGGAGUUAAGGUAGUGGACAAACAAUUGACCACGCUGGUCAGUUUCUUCUACACAGCAAUAGAUGGGAACCGAGCGGAUGUCUCGCUCUCUUUUCUAUACCUGGGGGGCCAGGUUCUUGCGGCUUGGAUCUUGAUCACCAUUGAGGGUCUGCGAGCAGGAAACCAGACCAAGUUCUGGCUCACCACUACGACGUUACUGGGUGUAGGGGUUGCGAUAAUUGGCUACGCCUGUAUCAUACCCCUCUGGUUUGCGCUGCACUUAGGGCUCUCGCCAACCGCGGUCAACCCCCGGGAUUUCCAUCUUAUCGUGAACACCCCAGCCAAGCUCGCGCUGGCCCCCGUGAGCAUUUUGCUGGGAUUCGGCGUCCCGUCUCUUUUAAUGUGCCUUCCUGCGCCGGCUUGGCUAUCUUUCGAAGCCAAACAGACGUGGACCGGCAUCCAACAGGGUUGGUCAAUCUGGAUCGGGAUCACGCAGUAUAUCCUGACGUCUGUUGUCCUGAAUCGGCAUCCAAGGGCUACAACUUUGACCGAAAGUGCCAAGCGGACAGAAACGAUCAAGUACUUACGUGGCGCCUAUAUCUUGGCUAUCCUGGUGUCGGCCGGAUCUCAUCUGUUCCCCUGGAUACUGUCUCUUCUUGCCUAUGCAUUUCCAGUCUUGUUCAGCUCGACUUACCUACCCCAACUACAACCGAGCAGGAUCUUUGUCCCCGUCUUACCUUUCGGGCCACAUGAGGUGAAGGUGCUUGCGGACGGGGCUCUCUGGUUCCUGCAAUGGGAUAUUUUGGUUGGAGUAACAGCAACCCUCGUAUGGGCCCUGACCUUGGAAGUCGCCGCCAGACCUGAACCUCUCUCGACGAAACGUAACCUCGCUGGAUAUUUGGGGGUCGCACUCGUCACACUAGCCAUAGGUCCUUGCGGAGCUGCCGCUGCAUUGCUUUGGGCUCGGGACGAGAUCGUAUUCCGGAACUCUACUGGUGAGGACAGCACAGUCACCAAGAAACACGAGUGAAGUGAGCAAAGGGGCAAAUAUGCAAGGACCCCUUCCGCAGGGACUUGGUGGGCUCCUGGGGCGCAAGCUGCAUUCAGCCUUACGUCUGGUUGUCUGUUGGCGGGACAGAUCUAUGUGAUGCAAGCUGUGCAUCCGGGCGCCCAAUUUCGGACAGGCCGCCUGCAGCCUGGUGCACGGCAACGGUGGCGGUUUGAUGCACAUUGUUCAUCAGAAUCAGCGUAAUAUGGUUAGGACGCCCUGUUGCAUAAAUAGAUGUUCGGAGGGAUUGUCAGCCUGUUAAAGCUUAAUCGAUGAUUACUGUACUAAUCAAAUGGAUAUUGCUGGGAUUCCAAUAAUGUAUCAUCAGCACUGACCUGCCA